AUGCGUGAACCUGAGUAUAAGUUUACCUCACCCAGCCCGAAUUUAUUCUGUCUAGCAGGAAUUUACCCUACCCAGCUGGAUUUUACCCUACCCAACCGGGACUUACCCUACCCAGCCGGAAAAAGUAUGGCUGAACCGAGACGGGUUACUGAAACGUUGUGGUAUGAGAAGGUACGUGGUUUCGCGCUAUGCAUCCUAGCUUUACUAUCCGCCUUGUUCGGAUCGUUCUAUAUUCUGAUGCCUACUCUACUGAUUCUUUUCUUCGAUCAUCACAAAUGGAGGAAUAUUAUCGAUCGAUUGGUUGGGUAUUGGCUGAUGUUACCGUCGCGAACCAGCGCUGAUCAUAAUGAAUCACCGAACUUGUCUGGAUUGGCUAUUCUUCUGGAAUCUGCUCUUACGCAUGGAUCCUUGGUUGCUAUCGUCGUUGAAAAUUUCGCUCAAGGUAAGUUAAUCGAUAACGAGAGUGAAUCAGACCGAUCUGGUCGAGUUCUAUCGACUUUAUGUCUCAUAAUAUCGAUUUUCCAAAAUAUGGCAUUGCCAUCGAUCGCCGUUACUGCUGCCUCAUUUUAUGAAUCCUUAAAGAGUAUUCUAAAGUAUCUGCCGGGCGCAGGUUGGGCGAUGAGCUGUAAUGCUUACAUAUUCCUGAAGCGAUCCUUUGACAACGAUUCCGAGCGUAUCGCCUCUAUGCUCGACUACUACGCUAACUCUGGUUACAAUUAUCAGUUGCUGUUAUUCCCAGAAGGUACGGAUAAAUGCGAAAAAGCCACUGAGAAGAGUCGAAUUUAUUCGGCGAAAAAAGGACUCACCCAUUACGCACAUGUCCUCCAUCCGAAAACAACCGGUUUCACGUUCAUUGUGCAAAAAAUGAGAGAAGUCGGCUAUAUCAAGCAUGUCUACGACGUGACAAUAGCAUUCGCAGAUUCAAUCGUACAGUCCGAGUUGGAUUUGCUGAUUUUGGGUGCAUGUCCACGAAGUGUUCAUUUCGAUGUGAGAAAACUGGAUAUCGACUCGCUGCCAGCAAGUGAUGAGGACUUGAAUAAGUGGUUAAUUGAUUUGUGGAAGAAGAAAGAAGAUCGCCUCGAGAGAUUCUAUGCAGAGGAACGAAUCUCAGAGCGUAAACUUGACACCGAGCCUGGAGCCGAAGUUUUUGAGCUGAGCGAUUACACACUGGCAAUCCAACGUAAAGUGGCGGCGUUUUGGAUUUUCAUCACUUGUAUUUGGCUGUACAUUUUCUUCACGUAUCACUUCCAGUACACAAUAGCUUUCGUCACUUUUGUGGUCUUUAUUGGAGCACAAUACAAAUUCGGUGGUAUUGACUGGUUAGCCGUGAAAAUUGCUCAAUCAAGGCGACGAAAACAAACAUGA